AUGCUGGUCUGGGGGCAGGACGGACACCGGGGCUUCCGGCUCCAGCAGCGGCCCGAGUCCCGCAGCGAGGCCGGGGUGGAGCACCUGCAGGUCGGCUACAGAGUGUCCGGGCUGUCGGCGGCUCGCGGCGUCCUGGGCUUCGUCAAGUCGAACGGAAACGCGUUCGUCAUGAGAACAGCUGAGAGCAGCGACGGACGGAGGCUGAGGGGGAAGCAGAAGUUCGUGAAGAGCAAAGAGAAGCUGACGGCUGUGAGCUGCGGGGCUGAGGACCAGGUUCUGCUGCUGUCGGACCGAGGAGCGCUGCUGUCCGUGGACCCGGCUCGGUUCCCCCUGACGGCCAGGCCGUUGGAAGCUUUUUCCAACAUUCCAGUUUGUCAGGUGUCCUGUGGGAGUCGACACUCGGUCGUCCUGACCAGAGACGGGCAGGUGUACACGUGGGGCCAGAACUCCAGAGGCCAGCUGGGUCUGGGGAAGAUAAGUUCUGGUUCCGGUUCUCCUCAGCACGUCCGCUCGCUGGCCGAGAUCCCGCUGGUCCAGGUCGCCGCCGGCGGAGACCAGAGCUUCAGCCUGACGGUGUCCGGAGGUUUGAUCUGCUGGGGGAGGAACGACCACGGACAGCUGGGCCUCGGAGACACAGCAGCUGUGUGGUUUGUUCCUCAGCAUGGCUCGGUGUUCACGUUCGGCUCCGGUCAGUUCGGACAGCUCGGACACAACUCGACCAGAGACGAGCUCCGUCCUCGGCUGGUGGCCGAACUCUGGGGGGCGAAGGUCACCAAGGUGGCAUGUGGACGACGUCACUCGCUGGUGCUGACAGACACCAGGAGGCUUUAUUCAUUUGGCUGUGGAGACCAGGGCCAGCUGGGACGUGGAGAAGAUCCGACUGUUCCGCUUCCCGUUCAGCUGCCGACAGACGCCGGCAGCCUCGAAAUCGAAAACAUCUUCGCUGCAGAAAACUGCUCGUUUGCAACGUGUUCAUCUCAUCAGGACGUUCUGGAGGAUUCUGAGAGUUUGACUCGGCUUCGCCUCGACGACGUGAUCGACCGAUGGAGCGCCGAGUGCGACGCCAAGUCGUGGAAGAAGAUCCGACAGGAAAUAAGCAGGACGUUCUCAUCCGCCUGCUGCCUGAACAACAGCUUCCUGGAGCAAAGAAGAGACAAACAUUUCCAGACUUCACUGAAGUACAGCGGCUUGAACCUCAAACUUGCACGACGAGCUUUUAAGAAGCUGGUGAAGAAGAAUGACGUUCGAGCUGAGGUGGAGGCCGCCGUCCUGCAGCUGCUUCCCUCCCUGCAGAAGAAGACGGUGAGCGUGGAGGCUUUGAGGAUUUACCUGCUGCUCAUCGAGCUCCUGCACGUGAUCCAGAAACACACUCGGCAUCGCAGCACGAAGCUCGCCGAGGCGGUCGCCACCGCCGUCGCCGGCCUGUCGGCAGAAAGUCUGCAGGUCAUCGGGGACUGGUGGUCGUCGCUGUCGCCCUCCUCCAUGGUUCGAUAUGUGACGGUGUGGAAGCAGGCCAUCUCGGCCAUCCUGACCUCUGAGCCUGAUCCUUACAAGUCCGGAGUCAGAAACCUGCUUCAAGUCCUCCAGUACAUGUACAAUGCCAACAGCAGGGUUGCAGAGUCUCGGAGGAUGCCGGACAGCGAUUUCUACUUGUCGGUUAGCCGAGGCUUUCUCCGUGGCGACCUCCUGCUCUGGCGGUCGCGGUAUCGACUCGUGUCGGUCGGUAUUCAGCCUCUCGUUGUUGGUAACUUCCCGAUAGUGAUGGACCUGCAGUCAAAGAAACUGGUUUUUGACUGGAAUGCUAAUUACAGCAAGACAGUAGACAUUCCUGAUGCACUCUUUGAAUUGUUUUGGAGUCUUGGAUGCCCUACUGAUGGUUACUAUGAAUACUGUGAGCUGGUGCUGAGGCGAGCGUCCGUUCUGGAGGACACCUUUAAAGAACUGGCUGCUGUUGAUCACAACGACUACAAGAAGCCGCUGGCGGUCUAUUUUGAUGAAGUCUUUACGUUGGACAACCUCAACGUGAAAGACUUCUUCUAUGAAGUUUUUCACGAGAUGGUCUCAGCAGAAUCUGGGAUGUUCACGUUCAACGACUCUGGAACGCUGGCCUGGUUUCCCUCCACAGCGGCGCCAGAGGACCAGCGGUUCUACCUGUUCGGGGUUCUGUGUGGACUCGCCCUGUACAACCAGCACAUCAUUUACCUGCCGUUCCCGCUGGUUCUGUUCAAGAAGCUGCUCGGAGUGAAGCCUUCGCUGGAGGAUAUGAUCGAGUUCAGCCCGACUGUUGGGGAGAGUCUGCAGUCCACCCUGGACGACUACUCCGACGAUGACUUUAAAGACCUGUACAUGUACUUUUUGAUCUACUGGGACGGGAGAGAGGUCGACCUCGAUCCGAAGAAUCCUGAAAAGCCGGUGACGAGUCAAAACAAGAGGGAGUUCGUGGAGGCCUACGUGAAUCACGCCUUCAACACAUCGGUGGAGCCGGCGUUCCAGGCGUUCAGACGAGGCUUCUUCCAGGUGUGUGAGCGGGAUCUGGUGAAGCUGUUCAGGCCGAAGGAGCUGCAGGAGGUGAUGGUGGGCAAACACUUCCAGGACUGGAAGAAGCUGAAGCAGAACACCAGGUAUGAGGGGGAGUUCCACGCCAACUACCCCACUGUCCAGAUGUUCUGGGAGGUUUUUGAAGAACUCAGUGAGAAUCAGAAGAAGGCUUUCCUCUGGUUUGUGACGGGGUUUGAACAGGUGCCCAUCCUCGGGAAGGACAAGAUCACGAUGAUCAUCAGACAAAGAUACGUCCAGAACCUCGACCACGACCGAUAUUAUCCUGAGACGCACACGUGCAGCUCGGUGCUGGAGCUGCCUCUGUACUCCACCAAGGAGAUCAUGCAGAGCAGACUGACGGAGGCCCUGAGCAACAACCGGAGAAUCCGUCAGUGAUCAGCUCGAGGUUUUACCUGGAGCUGUGCUGAGCAGAGGGCUCGACCCGCCAUGGAGCGCUGUUUGAUAGAUGAGCAGGUUUUGUAGCUUGAUGUGUUGCUGAACAUGAAAAGGUUUAAAAUCCAUGAUGAUCAUUGUGUGUACAUAAAAGAAAAUUGUUCUUCAUCCUGAAUAUGUUAAUAUAAACAGUUUGUGUGCAGAGUUUGUCAGGAAGUCGUACGUUUUUGUUCUCCUCAGGAAUAAGCUGGUAGAGCAGCUGAUCGUUGCUUCAGUUCAGAGCUGCAGGCUGUCGGCUUCAAUAAAACUGGUUUGUGAACUGCUG